AUGGCUACGAACGAUCAGCUUCCUACCAAGGCCAGUUUCCUCCGCGACAAUCUCCACGUCACCGACUCCUGUGACAUCUGCCACGAGCCCUUUGACGCAACUCAUCACCCUACCCGCAUCUGCACUGCAAUGUGCAAGCAUACUUUCGGGUCGACGUGUCUCGCGAAAUGGUUUAACUCCGACCAAGAGAACAACAACAAGUGCCCGACCUGCCGUCAAGCCCUCUUCCGCAAGACCUUCGUUCCGACCUUCACCGAUGGAACCGCUCAAUCAUCCGGCAGCAUUCUGUUUAUCGAGGCCAUCGAUAAUCGCAAGGUUGGCGAGUUCUUCGCACGUUGUAUGUGGGACCGACUUCGGCUGCUGUACCUGGGCCGCGAAAUCGCCGACUCCGAGAUUCAAAUUUUCAUUAAUCAGGCUCUCUGCCAUACCGCCAAGGAGAACGAUACCGAUCACCCAUGGGGACUAUACCUCGGGCACGAGAACUGGCCAGCGAUGCAGGAGAUUUCCAAGGAGAUGAUCUUAGUUCACUACCAAAACGGAGGCGACGUGCCAUUGAGUGAGUCGAGUUUGACGUAG